AUGCCUGGUCCAGAGUCUCCCGAGGCAGACCCUCGAGCGAAAACCGGAGACGAGCCAGGUCGCAGCUACAAACUCUCGCCUGCAGAGAUAGGCGCGCUCCUCACACGCUGGCGAGGCCUUCGCAAUCUGCCGCACCUUGGCGAAGAGCAUGACUUGGAAGAUGUCGCCUCUCGCGUCACGGCCGUCCAGUUCCCCUGCGACUUUCUGUGGUCCUCGGUGAUCUCCGCCCCCUUCUAUGCGCGUCUGCUGCAUGCGGCAUUUCUGCCUAUUGGCCAUCGAGUGAAGCUGAAGAGACCGAGAGGGGGAAAGACAAGGACGAGCGGCGUGACGAGCACAGACACCGCUUCGGAGGCGAACGAUGCAGAAGCCGAAGCAAAGGGCGAAGCAGGCAGCCAAGGAGACGGCAGGAAAGGCGCCUGCACUGCUCCGGCGCCAGCGGCAGAGAUACCCGGCGAACCACCAGGGAAAGAGGAGGCGACAGCCCCCCUUGGCGACGGCAGAGACGAGACGACGAGCUACGGAGACAGCGCAAGGGCCAGGCAGGCAGAGGAGCCGAAGAACCCAACAGACGAGGACGAGAAGGAAGAAGAGGAAGGCAGCAGUGAGGAAGAAAGUGAGGCAAGCGCGCUGACGGACGAAGAGAGCGGAGAGAGCGACGAGGACGCAAAAAACGAAGAAGAGACAGGGCAUGGCGAAAAGGAGAUAAGCGCCCGUGCCGCGCUCUAUAUCCUCUUGCCGAAGCUCCAUCAGGAGCGCUGCUGCCUUCUGCUGGACCAGAUGAUGCCGCAUAUAAGCCGAAACACGAGGAAGCGCGCCAAGCGAUUCUGCUUCUCGAUUGACCGGGAUUUCGACGGGGUGCUUGAGGGAUGUGUGAAGCAGCACGGAGAAGGUUGGCUCUACCCGCCAGUCCGCGAGGCUCUGAGGGAGUUGCAGUCCCAGCAGCUGAAAAGGAGAAAGUUCAGAGAGGAAUCGGGAAGCGAGCGAGAGGCGGGGAACGCGCAGCAGACAGGGAGACAGAACCGAGGGCUCCUCCUGGGACGCAAUGAAAGGGAAGUUUCGGUUCACUCCAUUGAGGUUUGGACGCGAGAAGAUGGAGAGAAGCACGCGACUCCCGGCACGUCUGAAAAGUGCAGGCUCACGGCAGCGCAUCCACGCCUUCCGGCAAAACGUGGACAGAUCCACUCGGGACCACCAUCGAGUGCCGCCUCGUCUUCUUGUCCUUCGCCUGCCUGCUGUGCGUCUUCCUCUUCCCCGGUCCCCGCGUCGCCGUCUGUUGCUCCGGGAUGUUCGCCCCGCUCGUCACGCUGGCGUUUGUGCGGCGGAGAGAUCGGCGUUCGAGUGGGUGGAGUCUACACGUCACUCACAGGUUUCAGCUCGGUCAGCGAAGCUGGCAACGUCCAGCUUGCGGCCUUGGGGGUUCUUUUGAAACUUACUGGCGUCAAGCUGUGGGAUGUAGGCAUGGAAUUGGACUACAAGAAGUCCCUCGGCGCACUGACCCUGCCGCGGUCGGAAUUCCUGUGUCUCUUCCGUACAGCUCGGCGCAUUCCCGCGCACCCGCCUCUGACCACAGAGGCUGCUGCGCGUCUCCUGCAUGCAGCUGAAGGAGACGAUGGGGGGGGAAGUGCGCCUCGUUUGGGCAUAGGCUCACCAAGUGGGGACGAAAACGCAAAGGAAGACGCGAAAAGAGCAAGUGAUGCACAGAGGCGUUCUGCGUCUCAGCCUAGCGAUCCCGCCGGUGACACAGAACGCCCUGCUUCUCCAUCUUGCGCGUGUUUGUCUCGUGAGGGGGGUGAGAUGAAAGAGAUAGGAGGCACGGCUCAACGUGAGCGAAGCCUCGAUCAGAAGGACGAUACGGAAGAGGAGGAAGACGCCACUCUCCUGAACUGCGACCGUUUCAUUCAGAUUUACCGGCGCGCGCAGGAGAGGGAGGAAGGUCGCCGCCAGAAAGAGCCAAACCACUGCAGGGAAACCGGGGAUCGAAAACGGAGAUGGGGAGAGAAAGAAAAGAGGAAAGCAACAGCGUGA